UUUCAUUUCGUAUGUUUGUACGUUGCACCGAUCUUCGUGACCCAGAAAAUUCAAGUCGAAGGAGAAAUCGACACAGGCGACUUUAACGGAAGAGAAUAUCUUUUCUUGAAUCAUUUACCUCGAGAUAUAUCAAUAAUAUGAAUAUAUAAAUGAAUAUGUAAAAAUAUGGAUAUUCGUUAUCGUCGAUUUUAUCGUUUAAAUGUGCCGCCAAUUUUGAAUCGCUGGCAACGGAAUUGUUGCCAACAUUCGUUGGAAAAGAAUAACAUAGGUACUUGAAAAAAUUUUGUAACUAUUGAUCAAUAUAAUUUAAUAAAUUAUCGAGGAUAUCGAUUCUGGCUCGGAGACCGAAAUCUCACGAAAUAAAUUAUCGCGAGCUUCGAGGAUCGUUGAAUACCGAAGUAUUAAAGAAAAAACAUGGCAUACAAUUGUGGAAAAAUAGUUUUUAGUCCAGUACUUGGGCGAACCGUGAAACAAGUAUUUUACAUCGAACGUUUUAUUAAGAAUCAAUUUUGCGAUAAGUUGUUGGUCACCUCGUUUGUACCGACCGUUACGACACAGAGGUUCUACGCAGAAAAACAAGUAUAUUCCAGAGCUAAACCACACUGUAACGUGGGUACAAUUGGUCAUGUCGAUCAUGGAAAAACAACGCUUACCGCAGCUAUCACCAAAAUUCUGUCCGAAAAACAAUUGGCACAAGAAAAGACUUACGCAGAAAUUGACAAUGCCCCGGAAGAAAAGGCUCGUGGUAUUACAAUUAAUGCAGCACAUUUAGAGUAUGAAACGCCAAACCGUCAUUAUGGACACACGGAUUGCCCAGGUCAUGCAGAUUAUAUUAAGAACAUGAUUACUGGUACAGCACAAAUGGACGGAGCAAUUCUUGUAGUUGCAGCUACAGAUGGUACCAUGCCGCAAACUAGAGAGCACUUGCUUCUUGCCAAACAAAUUGGCAUUGAACAUAUUGUCAUCUUUAUCAAUAAGGUCGAUGCAGCAGAUGAUGAAAUGGUCGAGUUAGUGGAGAUGGAAAUUCGAGAACUAUUAACCACAAUGGGAUACGAUGGGGACAACACACCCAUUAUUAAAGGUAGUGCACUUUGCGCGUUGGAAGGAAACAAAACAGACAUUGGAAAGGAUGCAGUAUUAAAAUUAAUGGAAGCUGUGGAUACUCAUAUUCCAACUCCUAUAAGAGAUCUGGAUAAACCAUUCUUAUUACCUAUAGAAAGUGUUUAUUCAAUCCCUGGUAGAGGAACGGUAGUAACGGGCCGAUUAGAGCGUGGCAAAGUAAAAAAAGGCACAGAAUGUGAGAUACUUGGUUUCAACAAAACUUUCAAAAGUAUCAUAACAGGAAUAGAAAUGUUUCAUAAAACACUGGAAGAGGCACAUGCUGGUGAUCAGAUGGGUGCUCUACUCAGAGGUGUGAAGAGGGAAGAUGUUAAAAGAGGUAUGAUAUUGUGCAAGCCAGGUACAAUGAAAGCUUAUGACCACUUACGGUGUCAGUUAUAUAUGCUAACCCCGGCGGAAGGAGGUCAUAAGAAGCCCCUCAGUGAUUUAAGUCAAUUUCAAAUGUUUUGUAAAACAUGGGAUGUUGCGACACAACUUAAUUUUGAAAACAAAGAUUUAGUUAUGCCCGGUGAAGACUUUACAUGCGUAUUAAAAUUAAUAAGGCCAAUGGUUCUCGAGAAAGGACAGCGAUUCACGUUACGAAUUGGAGGUAAAACCUUGGCAACUGGAGUGGUAGUGGACAUUUUGAAAUCACUUACCGACACAGAGCGAGCACACCUUCUGGAUGGUAAAAAGAAAAUCUUGAAACUAAAACAGGAAAGUUGAAUCGUCGCGUUUGAUGUGCACAAAAGUGGAUGUCAUGAUUGAGAUAAAUAAAUUCAUAUCUAUAUAUCUGUGACGCUGAUCAUCUAAUUUUUUUUAAAAAUAUUAAAAUGUUAAUUACACGUG